AUGGGCAACUGCAACUUUAGCUCCACCAUGCCUGGAACAGGGUACGGCCAAGCUUCGCGCAUCCGGUUCGGCGUCGUCUCCGAACCAUCGGACUCGAUCAACUCGGCGACGACCUUCGCGCCCAUCUACGACUACAAGGCGUCACCCGACCUGCCCAAUGCUCGCCUUGCGUACCUCCAAGCCGCGGCUGCUUGUCUCAUCACGACCAAGCAGGCCGCCAUCAACGACCUCUUCAGCCUCAUUCCCGCCACCAACGGCCCGUGGACGCUCGUGACCAACCUCGGCGCCAACACGCUGAGUGUCAACGACUGCCCGGAUGUCGGCCCGGUUCUCCAACACUACGUGCAGCUGCUUACGACGACGCUCGUGCCGUUCACCAGCAAGACGCCGGGUCGCACGCUCGUGGCCGCCGACUCGCUCGGUUGCAGUUUUGGCGCCGUGUACCAGGCGCCGUCAACGAAGCCUGCGACGUGGUUUGACACCCAUGCUUUUGCGACGCCCCAAGGUCCUCUUCCGAGCGGUGCCGAGUGCCCGUACGGUAUGUGGCUCGUCAAGGCCGAAGACGGCACGAUCGUCAAGCCGACGGGUGCGACCGACACGCUCUCGGUGGUGCCCGAUCCGACGGUCGAGAUGUACGGCAUCUACAACGUCGUCCGCGUCGUGGCGUAG